AACAAAGCAAGAGCCAAGAGCCCAGAGGCACCACCGAAGCGAAGCAGAGGGAAAGAGAAGUCUUUCCUCCGGGUUCUUUAUAUCUACUACCCUAUAAGUAGAUCUAUAUCCCUUCUCUUUCUUUCUUUGUUUCUUUCUCUUCUUCUUUCUUCUUCCUUCCUUUCUUCCUUUCUUUCUUUGCUCCUCUUUCAUAAUUGCUAAUCAAAAACAGCAUAUCCAAGUUGGUUAAUCUGUCAAUCUAUCAAUCAGUCAAUCAAUCAAAGCCACUCAAUCCCAUAAUCCAAUCAAAUCAGGGAAUCAAAGAUGUCCUCCUCCUCUGCUUUUUCACUGGACCACCUCUCUCCCUCCGAGCAGCUCUGUUACGUCCACUGCAACUUUUGCGACACUGUCCUCGCGGUGAGCGUUCCUUGCAGCAGUUUGUUCAAGACCGUCACAGUUCGAUGUGGGCACUGCACCAAUCUCCUUUCUGUCAACAUGCGUGGGCUGCUUCUACCUGCAGCUAAUCAACUUCACCUUGGCAAUACCUUCUUCUCUCCCUCCCACAAUUUUCUGGAAGAAAUCCCGAGCCCACAACCCAAUUUAUUGAUCGAUCAGCCUAACCCAAAUGACUCAAUUGUUUCAGUCCGAGGAGGAUCGGAUGAGCUCCCAAGACCCCCAGCUGUUAACAGACCUCCGGAGAAGAGACAGAGAGUCCCGUCCGCGUACAACCGAUUCAUCAAGGACGAGAUCCAACGCAUCAAAGCCGGAAAUCCCGAUAUAACCCAUAGAGAGGCUUUCAGCGCCGCUGCAAAGAACUGGGCCCACUUCCCACACAUCCACUUUGGUCUCAUGCCUGACCAGACCGUGAAGAAAAGUAAUGUGCGCCAGCAGGAAGGAGAAGAAGUUCUCAUGAAGGAUGGGAUUUUCGCUUCCGCCAAUGUGGGCGUUUCCCCUUACUAAAUAGCUAGUGGAAUUAUUAGGUUUUCUUUGCAUUCCUCCUUUUCUCUCUCUCUCUCUCUUCUUCUUCUUUAGGGGGACUGUGGUUAAUGACUGUUGGUGUCAACGGUUGAAGAAGGCUUAUGAAGUCAAGAAUGUGAAGUCUAACAACUUUAAUUUCCUCAUAAUUCCAUCUGAAAAUGAAGGUCUUAGUGUCUCACUUUUGCCUGGAAAAAACUUUAUCCUUUGGUUUGGAGUUCGGAUAUUGCUGGCAACCUCUCUUCUAUGUAUUCUGGUUUUCCUUGUUAUGUAAGAUACUAUGUCCCUCUUUAUUCUAUCCUUGUUCAACACCUUGGAACUUAUGCCAUAUGUGGUUACUAAGUUCAAGUGUAUCAUCUUUAUAAAGUUUUCAUAUUCAUGUUAU